AUGAAGAGAUUCAACGGAUACAAGCCUUUCCUCUACAACAUUACCGUCAAUGCCUGUAAAUUAUUUGUCAAUCCCAAGUUCAAUCCUGUGGCGAAAUUCUUUUAUGAAUCGGUUGUGACCUUCACCAACAUGAACCACUCAUGUCCCUACAAUCAUGACAUUAUUUUCGAUAGGGUUACUGUUGAAUUUAUCAAUGACCGAUUUACAAAGAUUCUACCCUUUCCCGAAGGCGAUUAUCUUAUUGAGUCCUACUGGUCUAGCUCGGGAUCUCCUUUCGUUGUGACAAAAGUAUAUUUCACCCUUUCUUAA